UCUCUCUCUCUCUCUCUCGUCUCAUCAGUGUGUUUGUGUUGAAUUGGACCAAAACGGAGCAGACAUGAAGCUGAAACUGAAGCUUCCAAACCCGGGUCUGGACGAGCGGAUCCCGUCUCACGCUGAGCUGGAGAGGAUUGAGAAAGAGGAUGCUGGAGAGAGACCUCAAUGGGACAAUAAAACUCAAUACAUGCUGACCUGUGUGGGCUUCUGUGUGGGUCUGGGGAACGUCUGGAGAUUCCCGUACCUGUGUCAGAGUCACGGAGGAGGAGCUUUUAUGAUUCCGUUCCUGAUUCUUCUGGUGCUGGAGGGAAUUCCUCUUCUUCAUCUCGAGUUUGCCAUCGGUCAGAGACUCAGGAAGGGCAGCGUUGGAGUCUGGACCGCUAUUAACCCUUAUUUAGCCGGAGUGGGUAUCUCGUCUAUGUUGGUGUCGUUUCUGGUGGGGAUGUACUAUAACACCAUCAUCGCCUGGGUCAUGUGGUACUUCUUCAACUCGUUCCAGGACCCGCUGCCCUGGAGUCAGUGUCCUGUCAAUGAGAAUCGUUCAGGGCUGGUGUCUGAAUGUGCACGCAGUUCUCCGGUGGAUUAUUUCUGGUACAGAGAGACGCUGAACACCACGUCAUCUAUAGGAGAGACCGGAGGAAUGCAGUGGUGGGUGGUGGUGUGUUUGGUGUGUGCCUGGACGCUGCUGUGGGUCUGCUGUAUCAGAGGAAUCGAGACCACCGGCAAGGCCGUCUACAUCACCUCCACUCUGCCGUAUGUGGUUCUGACCAUCUUCCUGAUCCGAGGUCUGACCCUCAAAGGUUCCGUCAGAGGCAUCGAGUUCCUGUUCACACCAGACUUGGACGAGUUGUUAAACCCGUCGACGUGGUUGGACGCAGGUGCGCAGGUGUUUUACUCCUUCUCUCUGGCGUUUGGAGGUCUCAUCUCUUUCUCCAGCUAUAACUCUGUACAUAACAACUGCGAGCAGGACGCUGUUAUCAUCUCAAUAAUUAAUGGUCUGACAUCCAUCUACGCUGCCAUUGUCAUCUACUCCAUCAUCGGCUUCAGGGCGACGGAGCGAUUCGAUGAAUGUCUCAAUGGGAAUAUUCUGACGCUGCUGAAUGUGUUCGAUCUUCCCGAGGGAAACAUCACAGAGACCAACUAUGAUUCGUUCAUUCAGAAUCUGAACAGCACAGCUCCAGACGCUCUUCAGGAACUCGGUCUGAGGACAUGCGACAUGCAGACGUUCCUCAGUCAGGGUGUGGAGGGCACAGGUUUGGCUUUCAUCGUCUUCACGGAGGCCAUCACCAAGAUGCCGGUGUCUCCUCUGUGGUCCGUUCUCUUCUUCAUCAUGCUCUUCUGUCUGGGACUCUCCACCAUGUUCGGCAGCGUGGAGGGGGUGGUGGUGCCGCUUCAGGACCUCAACAUCUUCCCAAAGAGAUGGCCUAAAGAGAUCUUCACAGGGAUGGUGUGUUUCGCCUCUUUUGGUCUGGCUGUUAUAUUCGCUCAGGGUUCUGGUAACUACUGGCUGGCUCUGUUCGACAGUUUCGCUGGAUCUAUUCCUCUGCUCAUCAUCGCCUUCUGUGAGAUGAUGGCCGUGUCUUACAUUUAUGGCAUUGACAGAUUCAAUGAUGACAUUAAGUUCAUGAUCGGACACAAGCCCAACAUCUUCUGGCAGGCCACAUGGAGAUUCAUCAGUCCUCUGGUGGUGCUGGUCAUCUUUCUCUUUUACUUUGUUACCACUAUAAGCAAAGACCUCACUUACAUCGCCUGGGACCCUGAAUCUGUGAAUUUUCCCGCUCUGGUCACACUGAAUUACCCCCAGUGGGUUUACAUCAUCAUCUUCCUUUUGUCUGGAGUGCCAGCGUUGUUUAUUCCCGGUGUGGCGCUGUACAAACUCAUCCAGAAACGCUGCUGCAAGAAAGAGAAACACACAGAAGAAGCCAUCAGCUCCACGUCUGCUCGAAUCCACAUGAGUGAUGAAGCAGACAAGAGCGACACAAACAUUAAUACACUUCAUUCAGACAAUCACAACUAAACAAACAUCUCAUAAUCACACACACACAUGACAGAGAGAGAAACCAGCUCAAUCUCACCAGCCCUUUAAAUUCAGACGAGAGAACACGCAUGACAUGAAACACAGAACUGAUCUGACAUCAGCGAAACACUACUGUUCAAAACCAUGCCUCUGAAUAUAAACUUUCUCUCAAGACAAAACUAAUGUUCUAUUUUAUUUAAUAAAAAAUUGUUAACAGACAA